UUAUCCCAUUCAUUCCAUCAACACAGCCCUUACACAGGGACGGAGGAGGAGGACAGUUGCUGUGUGACAGUAGAAAAAGCAUGGAUGAUGGAUAGAAGGGAUCACAUAGAUGCUGUCACUUGACUGGUUUGAAAUGGGUUUGAUCUUUUUACAAAGAAAACAGUAUAUUUUUAACCAAUCCAUUCACGUAACUAGAGACUGUUGAUGUUACUGUUUUGCAAAAAAAAAUGUCAACUUCAAGUAGUCUUUCAAAAAGAACAGCAGUCUGGUAAAAUCGAAAUAUAAAAGGAAAAUAAUUUCGGAGAUCGCCUCGUGUAAACUAAUCAUAAUGUAUCCAUGAGGACCAGAAGAUGCUCGAAUGUCUCUACCUCCCGGGUGCAUUUUCCGUGGUCGUGGACCCUCUUCAAGUGCCAUCCGCGGGGUUCGCUUCCCUUUCCGCCCCUCUUAUGUAAUCAAUGAAUAAGACGAAUGUUUCAAGCCAGGGUUCAUUUUUUUAUCUGAAGACAUCCACCACCAGCGUGAUACAGUCGGGGCUGCACGGACAAUGUGCAGCAGAUAUUCUAUCAUAAACAAGACGUGUGUUUACGAUGAUGGGACCGCGGACACCGACAGAGCCAGACGCGACCAUGAGCCCGCUGCGUCGAUCCUCGAGAUCCCAUGGUGACAGGUCUGACUCCACGGAGACCCUCCAGAAGAACAACAGCAGCAACAGUGGAGUUAUUCUGGACAUCUCAGCCCUCAAGUUGGAGGUGGACUCUGAGGUCCCUCCUCUACCGCCCCGCUACCGCUUCAGGGACCUGCUGCUGGGGGACCAGUCCUUUCAGAAUGACGACAGGGUUCAGGUGGAGUUCUAUGUGAAUGAAAACACCUUCAAGGAGAGGCUCAAGCUGUUCUUCAUCAAAAACCAAAGGUCAAGCCUGAGGAUCCGUCUGUUUAACUUCUCCUUGAAGCUGUUGACGUGUGCCCUAUAUGUUCUCAGAGUGUCUCUGGACGAUCCCGAACAGGUCACUGGUGUAUGUGUGAACUGUCAGAACCGAACAAGCACCACAGCAGAAUCUACAGAAAGCACCGAAAUCAACUGGGAUUUGAUUUUCUGGGUGAACAGAAGGGUUCCUGUAUGGGCGAUACAGGUGAUCGUGGCCUUAAUCAGUUUCCUGGAAGCCAUGCUCCUUACAUAUCUCAGCUACAAAGGAAACAUCUGGGAGCAGAUGUUCCAGAUCUCCUUCAUCCUGGAGAUGAUCAAUACCGUGCCGUUUAUAAUCACUAUCUUCUGGCCUCCAUUGAGAAACAUCUUCAUCCCAGUGUUUCUCAACUGCUGGUUAGCCAAGUGUGCCCUGGAGAAUAUGAUUAAUGAUCUCCAUCGUGCCAUUCAGAGGACCCACUCGGCCAUGUUCAACCAGGUUCUCAUCCUCAUCUGCACCCUACUCUGUCUGGUCUUCACUGGGGCGUGUGGUAUCCAGCAUCUUGAGAGAGCAUCCAAUCAGAACCUGACUCUGUUCAACUCUCUGUAUUUCUGCAUCGUCACCUUCUCUACCGUGGGCUACGGUGACGUCACACCUCAUAUCUGGCCCUCUCAGCUGCUGGUGGUUAUUCUCAUCUGUGUGGCUCUCGUGGUCCUCCCGCUACAGUUUGAGGAGUUGGCCUAUCUGUGGAUGGAGCGUCAGAAGUCAGGAGGGAACUACAGCAGACACCGUGCCCAGACAGAGAAACACGCCGUCCUGUGUGUCAGCUCUCUGAAGAUAGACUUGCUCAUGGACUUCCUCAAUGAGUUCUACGCUCAUCCUAGAUUACAGGACUACUAUGUGGUGAUCCUGUGCCCUACGGAGAUGGACACCCAGGUGCGUCGUGUCCUCCAGAUCCCCCUGUGGUCCCAGAGGGUCAUCUAUCUCCAGGGCUCAGCGCUCAAAGACACAGACCUCAUGAGGGCCAAGAUGGAUGAUGCAGAAGCCUGUUUUAUCCUGAGCAGUAGGAAUGAGGUGGACCGCACUGCGGCUGACCACCAGACCAUCCUCAGAGCCUGGGCUGUGAAGGACUUUGCCCCAAACUGCCCCCUGUAUGUCCAGAUACUCAAACCAGAGAACAAAUUCCAUGUGAAGUUUGCUGAUCACGUAGUCUGUGAGGAGGAAUUCAAGUACGCCAUGCUGGCCCUGAACUGUGUGUGUCCAGCCACAUCCACACUGGUCACACUCCUGGUGCACACUUCCAGAGGACAGGAAGGCCAGCUGUCUCCAGAACAGUGGCAGAGGACGUACGGACGGUGCUCGGGGAACGAGGUCUACCAUAUCCGCCUCUGUGACAGCAAGUUCUUUGGGGAGUAUGAUGGGAAGAGUUUCACAUAUGCCUCCUUCCACGCACACAAGAAGUAUGGUGUGUGUCUGAUCGGGGUGAAGAGGGAGGACAACAAGAGCAUCCUGCUGAACCCUGGUCCUCGCCACAUCAUGGCUGCCCCAGACACCUGCUACUACAUCAACAUCACCAAGGAGGAGAACAGCGCCUUCAUCUUUAAACAGGAGGAGAAGGACAACAAGGGCCUGCCGGUGGCCGGGCUGUACGAUGCCCCCUCCAGGUUGCCUGUACACAGCAUCAUCGCCAGUAUGGGGACGGUCGCCAUGGACCUCCAGAACCCGACGGACCCCCCAGAGGACAGCAGCAAGCUGACCCUGCCCACAGAGAACGGGUCUGGAAGCAGGCGGCCCAGCAUCGCUCCCGUCUUGGAGAUUGCUGACUCCUCCUCCAUCCUGCCCUGCGACCUGCUCAGUGACCAAUCAGAGGACGAGACCAACCAAUCAGACGAGGAGAGCUCGUCGGUGUCCGAUUUUGUGAAAGGAUAUCCUCCCAACUCGCCCUACAUUGGCAGCUCUCCAACCCUGUGCCAUCUCUUACCCCAGAAAGCCUCGUUCUGCUGCCUUCGUCUGGACAAGGGUUGCAGGCACAACAGUUUUGAGGAUGCCAAGGCCUAUGGUUUUAAGAACAAGCUGAUCAUAGUAUCUGCAGAGAUGGCAGGGAACGGCCUCUAUAACUUCAUCGUCCCUCUGCGGGCCUACUACCGCCCCAGGAAAGAGCUCAACCCUAUCGUCCUGCUAUUAGACUACCCGCCUGACAACCACUUCCUAGAAGCCAUCUGCUGUUUCCCAAUGGUCUACUUCAUGGCCGGAACUAUAGAUAACCUGGACAAUCUUCUGCAGUGUGGCAUCAUCUAUGCUGAUAACCUGGUGGUGGUGGACAAGGAGAGCACCAUGAGUGCUGAGGAGGACUAUAUGGCAGACGCCAAAACCAUAGUCAACGUACAGACCAUGUUCAGGCUGUUCCCCAGUCUUAGUAUCAUCACUGAGCUGACCCACCCCUCCAACAUGAGAUUUAUGCAGUUCAGAGCUAAGGACUGCUAUUCACUGGCUCUCUCCAAACUAGAGAAGAUAGAGCGUGAUAAGGGUUCCAACCUGGCCUUCAUGUUCCGUCUGCCGUUCGCGGCAGGCAGAGUGUUCAGUAUCAGUAUGCUGGAUACGCUGCUCUACCAGUCAUUUGUGAAGGACUAUAUGAUUCCCAUAGCAAGACUUCUACUUGGCCUGGACACCACACCAGGGUCGGGUUACCUGUGUGCAAUGAAGGUGACAGAGGAGGACCUGUGGAUCAGGACGUACGGCAGGUUGUUCCAGAAAUUGUGUUCCUCCAGUGCUGAGAUUCCUAUAGGCAUCUACCGUACAGAGUCUCACAUGUUCCCCUCUUCUGAGUUAAAGGAUGGGUACCCACAGUCUCAAGUCUCCAUCAAUGUAGAGGACACCGGCGGUGACGAUCAGAAGGACAACACACGUGAGUCAUGGAGGGAGAAGACCAGAACACACCGGAUGUCCACCACCAGCGAAUCAGAACACCCGUUACUGAGGAAGAAGAGCCUCCAGUGGGCGAGGCGUCUGAGCCGUAAGAACACCAAACCUCCAACCCGCACCGAGCGGUUCUCACAGCAGCGCCUCAACCUGUACCGGCGCUCAGAGAGACAGGAGCUGUCUGAGCUGGUUAAGAACCGCAUGAAGCACCUGGGACUGCCCACUGUCGGAUACGAGGAUGUUGCUAAUCUUACCGCGAGCGAUGUCAUGAACCGAGUAAAUCUAGGAUAUUUACAAGAUGAGAUGAACGACCACCAGAACACUCUGUCCUACGUUCUCAUUAACCCCCCUCCAGACACCAUGCUGGAGCUCAAUGACAUUGUGUACAUUAUCCGGUCUGACCCUCUGGCGGGCCCUAACGUGCCGGAGGAUCCAGCCCAAGGGCAGAGCAGCGGUGGCGGCCGGAUGAGGCAAGACUUUGGCACUGAGACCAGGGACGAGACCCACCUCUGAAACUCCCUCACCUCACCCCGAUUGCCAACCCCCCGGCACAAUAUAUAUAUAUAUAUACACACACACACACACACACACACACACACACACACACACACACACACACACACACACACACACACACACACACACACACACACACACACACACACACACACACACACACACACACACACACACACACACACACACACACACACACACAGAGCUGCUAUGGAAGGAUGCAUAAAGACUGCCUCAUCAUUAAUUAACUACUUCACCUCUUGGAGAGCAUCAGCAAGACGCAGCCCUCUUGGAGAGCCUCAGACAGGCCCUCUUGGAGAGCCUCAGACAGGCCCUCUUGGAGAGCAUCAGACAGGCCCUCUUUGCAACAGAAAAAACAGAAAGAGUGCACUAGUCACUGGAGGGAGAGAGAGACGGACCGGAAGCACGCCCCCUUCCGGACAAGUAAGCAACCAGAAGAGACGAUGAUGUCAGAGGUCCUGUGAUGCUCUUAAUAUUUAGAGGUUAGUUUGAUUUAGCUCGUUCACACGCUUGGUGGAUGGAGCUCGCACUUUAGGACCAAUGGAAAGGUGUCACAAGAGCAAACUCUGCCUGUAUGGUAUGCUGGUGAGCUCGAACAAGCACACCUGGUGUGUCUGGGGGGACUGUGUAGUUAUCAGUUACGAUAGCAAGUCAUGUACAGAGUUUGGUACAGAAAUGGUUAUUCCUUAUCACAAUGUUAAUGCAGUAUUCUUACAAAUCAAUCAUGAUAGUACAUAAGCACUUUUUAAAUUACAUUGAUUUUCGUUUUUUAAUUUCCUAUUUUCAAUGUAGAAAACAUUGUAUCUUAUAUAGGGACCCUUUUACUGCUCAUGCUGGAUGUUUCCCCAUUUUUUUUAUAACAUGACAUUUCUUAUUAAAAGUCUAGAAUAGUAAAGGAAUUGAAGAACCUAUAUAAAUUCUUCCAUGCCACUACAAUAUGUCGCUCUAUUUGUGCCAUAUGGUAUCUGAAUAUUUAUUUUAUAUCUGUCAGUGUUCUACUUAAGCUAAUGUACAAUCGUUCCUUAUUUCUGACAGGAUUUUAUGAAUUAUUGUACAUUACAGUACAAUGAUCCUGAUUUUCAAAGCGGUUUACCGUGGAAAACCUAUGUUGUUUUGCACAAUAAGAGACAGGCACAGUAAAAGUGAACGUUCACUACAAAAUGAAAGUUUGUUAUAUGUUUUCAGAUGUCAAAAGUAAUCUAAUGUAAAGAUGAGUUGGAGUUAACUAUCACUUGAAGUCUGUUAGGAUGGCCAGUACAUGGGCUUGGAUUGGAGUACAGUGUUGCAAGCUGGAUUCCAAUAUGUCCUUUCACUUAUACAGGAAUCACUUGUACAGUAAAUGUAGUAUUGUGUGUGCUUUAGAUAUUGAAUCAUUAUUUAAGGGUUAGGAGAUGUAUUUAUGUUUUAUUUUUUUCGAUACUGUUGGACUAAUAUGUGUGGUUUACCAUUGUAAAUAGUCUAACACUUUUAAUCUUCAUUGUUUCGUUACAAAAAAAAUCUGGGUCAUUUUUACAGAAAUGAUAACAAGAAGGUCUUGAAAUACUUUUGCACUAAGCUCUGUGGUCGUUAAGAGCAUUAUAGCAUGACCCUUUAACCCGAAACUUAACUAUACAAUAAAACAGACUACAGUAUUCACAGUCAGUCUCCAUAUAUUCAGAGAGAGGUGUUGUUAACACAAUAUCAACUUAGUUAAGUUUGCAAAGUUUAAAGUUCAUUGUCAUUGUAAAUUAUACAAUAAACUUUGUCCAUUUAGAUGGAAUUUUUGGGGGUGAAGCCAGCAUACAAAUACACACAAAAAGAGUACACCAUAAUAAAUGCAUUUCCUGACUGCAUGAAUACGAUUAGGUUGUUGAGAAAGUUUGUUAUGAUGGAGGAAAGGCAACUGAUACUUUGAUAUCAGGACUGAAGUUGUUUAAUAUAUAUUUCUUGCUGUGUUUGAGAUGUAUAGUAUUCCCACGUUGUCCAUUGAUUUACUGUAAGUGUAGAUAGAAUAUGUUUGAUUCUAGCCAGGCCCCCACAGAAAGGUUGUUUACAGAUCUGGAGGACUAAAGAAGAGUACAGUUGAUCACCAUGGAAACAAUGAGUGUGUACAAUCCCAUCAGUCACCGUAGAAUUAGAAUCCAUAGAAAAUCUGUUUGUGUUUUUUGAAGUUUAUACUGUAGUUUAGAAAGGGGCAUGCAAACACAAAAAGCAUGUUUUUAAAUAAAGCUUGCCAAACCAGAUAUGUUUUCCUAUAGCUAGAUUGCCGACCUGUGUGAAGUAUCACACCUAGAAAAUGAAUCUGAUGAUACUAUUCCCCGCUUCUUUUUUGUAAGCAUAUCAUUUGAUAUCUUUAUAUGGAACCAUGCAUGUUCUCCAAAAACCUCUGUUCACUUUAUCAUGUUCUUAAUUCGUUGUGAAAAGGUCCAUUUUCUACUAUUUCUUAUUAUGAAGUCUGUGUACUUCUCUACCAUGAUGUAAAAUAUGAAACAAUAAAUGCUACGUGCAGCAGGGAACA